GUUUCUUGAAAUUCCGCUUUAUGCAUCUAUAUGUUCCUACACCACCUGUACAACAUUUUCCCAUAGAAAACAACACCCCAGCUCUACUUGACUUCAACAAAGAGAUGAAGUCGGCGACGAUGAUGAUGAGAGAGAGAGGGAAGUUAAUCUACAAAGUAUACAAAGCAAUAACCUUCUCUCUAACUCCAUUAAUCCAUCUCCAUCUUUAUUUUCGUAAAUUCCGAGGUCUAGAACACCCCCUUCGGUGGACAGAGCGUCUUGGUCGCCCUUCUCUCCGCCGUCCUCCCGGUCCACUUCUAUGGUUUCACGCCGUUUCUCUUGGAGAAGGUAGAGCGGCGAUUCCGGUGAUUAGACGCUGUUUAGUUGAACGCCCUGAUUUCAACAUUCUUAUGACUACUACUACUCUUUCUGCAUUUGAGGUUUUGAAACAUCAACUUCCUCCGGCUGUCAUUUAUCAGUUUGCUCCACUAGAUUUACCUGCCGCGGUGGAUGCUUUUCUUAGCUACUGGAAACCAAAUGUUGUUUUCCUUAUGGAGAGUGAACUGUGGCCAAAUAUUGUAAUGGCUACUUCAGAAAGUAAGAUUAUGUUGGCUUUGCUUAAUGCUCGAAUGUCUGAAAGAUCUUUUAAACGGUGGUCUGCACCUGCAGUUAUUCCACUAAUCGCCUUGAUGCUGUCAAAGUUUUCCUUAAUCACGCCAUUGAGCACCACUGAGGCCAUCCGCUUUCAGCUACUGCAAGCACCACCAUUUAUAGUCAGCGUUUCUGCCGACUUAAAAUAUUGUGUUGGAGAAAUUGGUGCUUCAACAAAUGCUAUGAAAGGUAUAGAAGAUUUGCAGUCACAACUUAGUUUUAGGCAGGUUUGGAUGGCUUCUUCUGUACAUAAAGGAGAACAUGAAGUGAUGCUUCGAGUUCAUAAAACACUCGUCCAAAGCUACCCAAAAUUGCUGACUGUAAUCGUGCCCCGACAUCCACAUAAUGGCUUAGAUUUUGCCCAGGCAUCGAAGAACCUUGGAUUAAGUGUAGCUGUGAGGUCUGAUGAUCAUAAACUUACGUCAGAAACAAAUAUUUAUGUGGCUAAUACAUUAGUUACUUAUGCAGCCUCCACUCUGCACCCAACUCCUUCAAAAAGAAGUAAAAAAAAAAUUUUGAACGCAAGAAAUCUAAAGGUAUCCAAGCCUCUGGCAAGGAAAAAAAUGCACUGAUUUUUCUCUGUUAGAUAUUUGGUGCAUCUAGCUUACAAGUUAGAACAUUGGAACUCUCAAAUUAGGUUUAUUGACAAUGAAGUCAGUUGGAUAGUCAGUUGGAUCUCUUUUUCUCACUUGAACCUGAUCUAAGAAUGGAAUCAAUUAAAUAUGCAAUAUAUGUGGAACAAAUUUGGAGUGUUGUAGUCUUUUCACUCAAACCUGACUCAACAUGACUUUUUUUUUUCCUCUCUUUUCUCUGUUUUCUUUUUUCAAUUUUCCUUUGCUAACUUCUUUCAUAUAUCUUUUUGUUUUUUAUUUUUUAUGUUAAAGUCUUUGUGCCUCUUCUUUUAACCGACCUUGUUUCUUGUCCCUGUUUUUCGUGCCUCAUUACCCCCACCUUCACUUUCUCAAUUGUAUCUGUUACUCUCUUACAUAAACUUUUACAUUUCUUGCUUCAUGUUUCACUGACGGUUCCUUGUGACGAUUCAUGUUAGCCGAAGCCAAAUAAUAUGGGACUAAGGCUUUGUUGUUGUUGUAGUCUUUUCACUUAAAGCAGCUCAACGAGUUAAAAAUAAUUCUUAAUUUGAAGUUUUCCAAGGGCUAUCAAGCGACUAUCAUCCGCAUAUGUUUUGGACUAGUUACAAAUUAGCCAUCAGACUUUCCUCAAUAGUAUUGGAUAAUCGCCAACUCCACAAGGUUAUAAAAGCCACUUUUGUUGGAACUUUCUGGCUCAGGUUAGGGUGUUUACCUACCCUUACCCUUUUCUUAGCAAUUACUGAUUUGUCCUCACUGCUUAAUUACCAUGGAAUUCAAAUGAAGACUUCAAAGGAACCUAUUAUUCUACAAAGGUAUAGUCUUCAGUUGUGACCUUGGGUAUACCCCAUAGAAAAAAAACGCGGAUGCGGUCGCGUUUGCGGUAACGGUCGCGUUGUCGCGGAAACCGCUUGUAACGGAAGAAUAGAACGGAUCGCGGCUGACGCGGUGUGAAUUUUUUGAAAAAAACCACAUUAACAUGUCUAAGCCUUAUUAUUACACUUUUAGUCUAAAAAGUAUUAUAUCAACACAUUAUAACCAAAUCUAUCCUAAUAUGAGUGAGUAUUAUAUUCUGUGAACAAAUAAGCACUCAAAAUAUUGUGCUUCAUAAACUACAUAACUAAUUACAGAAAUAUUUUUUGUCAAUAUAUGUAAAAGAACGGUGUAACGGAGAAAAAAACGUCUAACGCGGCGAGUCACCGUUACGUAACGGACGACGCGGGGAGAAAGACGUGAUUUUUUUCAAACCGUAACGUAACGGGUUUUCGCGGAACGGAAAAUCCAAAAUAGGUUACAGAACGGCCGUUACAUAACGGAACGGCCGAGUUUUAAUUCCAUGGUAUACCCAUCCUCUGUUAUAUGUAGCCUCUCUCUAUCCGCCAAGUGGGGAAAUUUUCAAAUGACUUCAAGAGGUAUGGAAACAAUUAGGAAGCUAAUAACUUGUCUUUGCAUUUAGCCAAUAACAAAACAUCAUGAAAACAUACAUACAUAGUUAUAGUGGUAUAAGAACAUAAAGAACACAUAGUCCAUGUGUUUACAAGAGAAACUGAACGAAACUAAUAAACGUAAUUAGCUAGAUGCCUAGAUCCUCCAUUGGUCUCGCCAUGCCAUAUAUUGGAAACAUCUGAAAUCACAUCCUCUCAAUGUUUGUGGAACGGAUCUGAGGAGAUUUCCAUGAUCUAACUGGCCCUAGCGGCUUCCACCUUGGCAUGCAUCUUCUUGGGCCUUCUUUUUUACCACAACCCGAUUCAUUUUGAUGGGAAUUCAGCCUCCCUUUACGGCCAUUUUAUCAUUUCCCAUCUUUCACAUAAAUAGAAAUUUAUCCAGCUGAAUCUAGCUUUAUAUAUGAUGGAUAGGUGGGUAGUGAGCAUAGAAAAGACAAUUAGAGGAGAAAAUCUGUUUAUUUGACGUCUUCCUUCCUGAUUUAUGAACUACUAGGUCAUCCUUGCAUCUAAAAUUUAGAACUAAUAUAAGACUGGCAGAACCCAUGUAUUUUGCACACAUAAAUGAAUUACAUGUCUUGAUCAUCCACUCAAAUUUCUUGACUAUGGUAAACUUCCUUUGUGAGGUAUUAUUGGUUUGCAUUUGGACUUUGUGCUUCAUAGAGGAGGUAAAGUUUCGCAUCCAACAGUAGGAAUGGGUGGGACUGUGCUGUAAUAGAGACAUCACACUCCCUUAGUUCAUCCCUGAGAUGACUCUAAAACUUGUAAACAGUCACAAUUUAGAAUGACCGGAUUUUCCUUGAACAUCUUUACUUCUGAGUUGUAAUCAUGUUCAUCUCAAGGUUGUCUUGCCCUUGAACAUCUUGCUUCGUGGGCUAUCAGUCUCCUUCUUUGCAUAAGCGAAGCAACUUCUUGUUCCUUUUUGUGGUUAUUCCAAAACUUGAAAAUCCCUUAACUUUGCUUCUCCUUGGAGACAAUCUUCGUCAAACCUUGGAAAAAUAUGCUAAAGGAACCACCAAAUAUACAAUCAGAGGAUUACUUAUCCUCAGAAAAAAAAAGGAAUUUCAAGAAAUCAAGUCAAGUUUCAUCGAACUUUCAGAACUCCAUGUUCUGUAAGUGGGAAAGUUCUUAAACAAGGGAGAUUGAGCUCCUUGCUUGGCAAAGAUUAGCAAAUCUAAGAGCACAGCGGAAGCAGUUUAAUAGAAGUUUAAAGAAAGGACAUAACUUUUACAAUAGCUUGAAGAUUCUACUUCCUUGUGUGAUUAUGAUUGUGAUGCUGCUACAGUUGAAAAUUACAAUCGGCAGCUUGUCCAAGUAGUCCAACAUGUGCUCAUAACAGGGAAAGUUAUCCAAACUCCAAAGUUGGCUGGAAAAACUCGAAUAUUUGUCUUACUUUCAUUGUUUGCAACUGAGACUUGGGAGGUUUGUCUUUAAUUUUCCAUUUUUAUAAAUGAUUGAG